UUGGCUUAUUUGUACAUACUAACCGGUCGAGCGUUCGCUUUGGGAUUGCGGUACGCCGGGACGUGCCACGCAACAGUGUCCACAGUUCUGUUUGACUUAGUUCAAAGUAUUCUCAAUGACAACUGGUGGCCUCCGUAUGCGUCGACACGUGAUAGCAACAACUCUUCAUCUAGUGGGGUCAUUCUCCCAAAACCCUCCAUUGAAUUCGCAGUUUCUCAUUGUCUUCUGGCACUUGCCAUGGUCGUGGCCGGUUCAGGCAACCUGACCAUACUUCGCCUGGUUCGGCAACUGCGUGCUAUUCGUUUUUUUCGUGCCAAAACAGACCAGACCCAGCAGUCUCGCGGGACCACAAACAAUGUGUCGUCUCGCUUCAACGCGGUUCCUGCUGCUGCCGCACGGGCUGCCGGUACGCACCAGGCGGCCGCGGCCGCUGCUGCUAGCGGUUCGUCUGGCAGUAUUUCCGGCGGUCCUGUUUCUGUGGCUGCAGUAUUUGGCACUGCACUGGGUCCCUCAUUCGGUCUGCAAAUGGUUUAUGCCUCUGUGAUCGGAUUGUUAUUCUUGGGAGGUGGACGGUUGACACUAUCGAACACCCCAGAAGCAGCAGCCAUUCUUUGCAUAUCGUUCUUCCCGAUUCUGCCGGACCAUCCUGGCGACAAUUGGUAUCAUCUCCAAGCACUACGCCAUUUAUACGUUCUGGCCACGAGGCCUCGACGACUGUGUGCCGUAGAUGCGGAUACCGGUCGCGUUGUUCUUUCCGAAAUGCGCGCUAAGCUUAGGGCCACAAAAGAGCUGAUCACCAGCCGAGAUACGUUGAUCUUUCCCACUAACAGCCUGGACGAACUGUCUUGGGUACGUCAUGAUUUCACGAUUUAUGGGUGUUCAAUCAAUCGAAUUUCUGCUGUUCAGCCUUGUUGA